CUGGCUUUUACCGCCUCUGAAACCCAGACACCUGAACGCUCUCCCGCUGCGGUUGUGCGGAAAUGGGAUACACCACAUCGGACAUCAUCAUCCCGGCGCGAUUUCUGACACUCGCCACCAAUCUGAUGACCUCCAUCGUCGUCUUCCAGACCAAGGACGGAAAUAUCCUGUCGGCACUUCCGCUCAACGACAGCUCGCUCUAUGGCAGCUUUAACCAGUCUUUGACGACGGCAAUUGUGCUGUCGUGGAUCUGUUUCGCCAUCCAGCUCGGGGGGCUCUUUUCAGGACUCACCAUGUUUCGACGGCGAUCCAACCUUGUCCAUGUGCUGGCGAGCACCUUUUGCACUGUCUUUCUGUCCUAUUUUGUCACCGAAGCUUGGCACUACAUGGUGUACUGGUACAUUUUUGCCAUUUUUAUGUUAUUUCCGACCCUGAUGGAGCUGGCACUCAUAGGACGGAUUCUGCUCCUGAAACUCGACAACUAAUCUGUAAAUGCGACAGUAUGAGAAACAC